AUGGCACGGCAUAACAAGCCAAACCAUGGACAGAAGAAACCGAUAGAUUAUUCAAGACCACCGGGUGCCCCUCCACCAUUGAGACCGGCAGGCGCUUCUGCAGCUUUCACAGCACCGCAACAAGGGGCUAGGAGUAGUGAUAAAUCUGGCAGACCUGAGUACUCGAAGCAGCAAGACGAAGCCAGCCCAAGCGCAUCACCAGAGCGCAAUACUACACCACAAUCAGAAGGGCAAGGAGCUGGGAGCAUAAAUUCGGCGCCAAGGAAAGGGGAAGACCCAAGCUUCUCUGAAAAGCAAGACGAAUUCGGAUCUGCUUCACCCUCGGAGAAUACCGCACCUCAAUCGACCUCACCAUCUGCCAUUGAUCCCGCAGAAUCUCAGUCACAUACCCAGCCUUUACCUGACCUUACUCGAGGCAUUCCUUCAACAUUGGAAUACGAAACUACGGGGAGCACCAAGUCAAAUAUCACUCCACUGAAUUUAACUGAGGCCGAGGAGCCUGGGUCGUCUGGCGGACGCCGAGGGCGGGGAGAACUCCCAGCAUCAGCGUAUGUCUCAUCGUCGGAAAGAAAGCGAUUACGAUUCGCAAAUUACAUGUACGCCAUGUUCACUGGUCUCUCCGUCACUGGAGUCCUAUAUCUCGGCCGCAAUUGGGAAAGUGAUGAGGAAGAAACUGCACACCCUGAUGCACCGUCGGGGUGGGCGGUAGGGUUGAUGUGGAAUCGUGCGAAAGCUCGAUUGGGGGAUCAAUUGAGUUAUUACCACGAACCUGCUUUCAAGAAACUCUUGCCAGAUCCCGACCCCAUCUUUGAACGCCCCUAUACAUUGGUUCUUAGUAUGGAGGACCUACUCAUUCACAGCGAGUGGACCAGAGAACAUGGAUGGAGGAUGGCCAAGCGACCUGGAGUUGAUUAUUUCUUGCGAUACCUAAGUCAAUACUACGAGCUUGUGAUUUUCACCAGCCAGCCUUGGGGAAUGGCUGAACCUGUAAUUCGAAAAUUGGAUCCGUAUCAUAUUGUCACUUGGCCAUUGUUCCGCGAGGCGACAAAGUACGAAAAUGGACAAUAUGUCAAGGAUCUCUCAUACCUCAACCGCGAUCUGUCCAAGGUCAUCAUCCUAGAUACCAAACCAGAGCACGUCAGCAAACAGCCCGAAAAUGCAAUCGUUCUUAAGCCUUGGGAGGGCGAUGUCCAAGAUAAAGAGCUCGUGUCCCUCAUCCCAUUCCUCGAAUACAUCCACACAAUGGCCUUCUCCGAUGUACGAAAAGCAAUCGCCUCUUUCGAAGGCCAACAUAUUCCUACCGAGUUCGCGAAGCGCGAAGCUAUCGCGCGAAAGAAGUUCCAGGAACAAAUAGAAGAAGAGAAGAAGAAGCGACCAAAGCACUCAGGCGUCGGCUUCUUAGGAAAUGCGCUCGGAAUCAAGCAUCAAAGCAUGAUGAUGGACCCCACUGAGCAGACACCCGCCGAAGCUUUCGCCCAAGGCAAAAUGCUCCAAGACCAAGCCCGAGAACGUGGUCAGCGCAAUUACGAACUCCUAGAAAGAGAGAUUCGAGAAAAUGGCGAGAAGUGGUUAAAGGAAGAAGCGCUUCUAGAAGAGAAAGCCAAAGAGGAAGCAACAAAAGCCAUGAAGACAGGGUUCACAGGCUGGUUCGGCGGCCCAGGAAAAUAA